CCAAAAAAAUUUUUUAACGAUAAAAUAGAAUUUAGUUGAUUGGAUGCUUGCAUAUGUUGUGUUGCUAUGAAUAGGUCGUGUAGUCGAAAAUUGAAGAUAUUGUGUUUAAAUCGUUGCACGUUUCUAUCAUUUUCUAUUAAGUAAAUAUAGAUUCUUUCUUUUUGCAUAAUGGUGGGGGUAGAGAAUUGAUAUUUGCAACAAGUUCAUUCACUCUAGUUUUCAGAAGUUGUAAACAACUUCAAGCAACCAUAGUAUCAUCCUAUUCUUGUAGUUGGGAUCAAUGUAAUUAAAAAACAUUUUUUCUCAGCACUUGAUGUAUGGUGAAGGAUCCGACAUUGAUUGUUACUACAUAUUUGGCACAACAUUUACAUACAAAAAAGGGGAAUGGAAUUCAGUGUUGAAAAUUAUGCGGAUUUAAGAAUGGAUAUGCCAGUUUAUCAAACUGAUUAACUUUCUAUUUUUGGUUUAUAAUGGAUUGAAAAGAGCAACACAUAAUUAUAUGAAUGCUGGUCUCAUCAAUUGAUCUCCUUCAGAAGCAAGGCACAGAUUUGGUGGUAAUGCUUUUUCAAGAGAGCAGCUGCUGGAACUGCUCUGCACAUGUAGGGCUAUGAUUAAGAAAGAAUCGCGGAGGUGAUAUAACUGGUCUACCCGAUGAAUGCUCCUUUUAAUUUAAUAGCUAAAACUGGUAUGAACUUGUGGCAAAACAGUUGCAUUAGUUAAAAAGGAAAAACUGCUGUAUUAAUGAUGUAAAAGAGAGAACAUCAGUAAGGCUCUGCUACCAGAUCUAUCAGAAGCUCAGUGCUUUGUACUACUUGAAUGUAUAAAAAGCACACAAGUGAAUCGUGGCCUCUGCUGCUCAAACUUCUCAGGAAUGACAAAGUGUGUUUAGGUUAAGACAUAGGCAUGGGCAUUGGAUACUUACUCCAUAAGGUGUAUGUGGUUUUGGUCUAUCAUGAGCUGAAAAUUGCCUAGGGAAUUUGGUUGAGAACUAUCCAGAGGCAUUGGUGGCUGACAGGGAUUUCCAAGAGCGAAGAAACCAUUAUGACAAUUACAAAUCAUGAUUUUUUUUUUCUGGUCUGAGAGCUUUGCAGGAAAGAGAAGUUCCAUAUUUUGCUUCGAAGAUAUCGCGAAUACAAACCUAAAGGAGCCCAGAGACUCAUCACAGAGAGGACACAUGCUCCACCGAUGGAAGCUGACCUCGCGGAUGCCAAGCUGCGAAAUGACCAAAAUGCCCUCUUCGCGGUCUAUGACAGCAGGCCAUGACGACAUACGAGCAUUCAAAAACUUCACCAAAUAUAGCCACGGGAAAUACAGUUUUCCUCUCUUGUUGGUUUCUCUAGAGUCUGAUAUUCUUGUGCCAACUGCCAUGAAUCAGCGUGAUCUGUAAAACUCAAUAUAAUUAAUGUACCUCUCACUCAUACAUUUUGCAGAUGUGGA